AAUAGAAUAUGGAUUGUGUAAUGAAAACGAUAAAGAGAAUACAACAAUUAAUUAUUCAGUCUUCUGGACAAAAUCAAACUAUCACUGAGUCAGUAUUAAAAACAGAUAACUUAGAACAAAAAUUACAUUUGCUUAUAGCUACAGCUAUUGGUAUUAUUGAUAACCAAAUAAAUGGACCGAAUUCUCCAUGACGAUGUAAAAUCUGGCAGGCAGAUAAUGUUUUUUUUCUUUCAUUGUCUGCAUAAGUCAUGAAUAGAUAAACUAAUUUGAACUUUGGGAA